AUGAAGCUUUAUAUCCUAGCAGCCCUCGUGGUUGCAGCUGCGGCCAAGGACUCCUAUGUCGUCCUCUCGCCGACGGCGAUACGUCCAGGUAUGGACUUCGACAUCAGCGUCAACGUCCUCAAGUCGCAGGGCAACGUGCACGUCGUGGCACAGCUAGUCGACGGCCAUAAACAGACAGUGGCGUCCUCCAGUGCUGACCUAACCCAGGGUCAACCACAAGAACUGUCUCUGAAGGUUCCACAGACAGCCAAGUCUGGCCAGUAUAUACUACAAGUAUCCGGGUCCGGAGGUCUGACUUUCCACAACGAAACCACUUUGACGUUCAGCAGAAAGAGCAUGUCCGUGUUUGUACAGACCGACAAAGCCAUGUACAAGCCCGGUCAAACAGUUCACUUCAGAGCGUUUGCCAUGUACCCAGACAUGAAGGUCUACACUGGACCAAUGACGAUCGACAUCCUUGACCCGAAGAGUAACAAGAUCAAGCAGAUGAUUGGGGUCAAGGACGCCAGUGGAGUCUACGAGAGUCAGAUUCAAACGAGCACGCAACCUGUUAUGGGCGACUGGAAGAUUAGAGUCACUGCAGACACUGCCUCUCACGAACAGAUCUUCACAAUUGCCGAAUAUGUUUUACCAAAGUUCGAGGUGACCGUGGAAUUACCAUCCUACGCACUGACGUCAGAUAAAGACGUCACGGCAACUGUGAAAGCAAAAUACACGUACGGAAAACCAGUGAAGGGAACCGUGACCUUGACCGCCAAGCUAGACUACUUUUACCGCCCCUGGAACUACCACGGUGACGAGCCUCUCAUCAAACACACCGCCCAGAUUGACGGACAGACGAAAAUCGUCCUCUCUCUGAAUCAAAUCAAGGUGUUGUCCAACAGCAUUAAUAACCGGAAGUUGGUCGUUACUGCGGCCGUCACCGAAAGUCUGACCGGAAUAACGCUGAACGCGACCGCCAGCUCAGUGAAAUUCUACCAGAAAGCCACAAAGUUAAAGUUCCUCCCGUCAGACCCCAACACGUUCAAACCUGGUCUUCCAUACACCGCCUACCUUCAAGUUCUGCAGCAAGAUGGCCGCCCAGUCACACACAGCAGCAAGACCUUGUCAAUCAAGACUCGGGUCACGUGGGAGGAGAAACCGCCCACUACCACGCCCAAAUAUUACUACGCUCGUCAGCACAACUACGACAUGCCCGAGACCCACAUGUCAGUCCCCGACAGCGGAAUAGUGCCAAUCGAGGUUCAUAUGCCUAGCAAUGCCACCAACAUCAAUAUACACGUAACCUACGACGGUGUUUCAGCUUUCAAGUCGCUGUCCAAGAGUUACUCCCCCAGUGAGAGCUAUAUACAACUAUUCCUCAAAUCACAACAUUUGUCAGCUGGAAAUGACGUCAACUUUGAAGUUAAGGCAACACAGCCGGUAUCAUAUUUGGUGUAUCAAAUUUUGUCAAGAGGAUCAAUCGUUGCAACAGGAAAGAUUAAUGGAAAUUCUCAGAAAACUUUCCCGUUUAGCAUUAGUGUAACUCCAAAGAUGGCGCCCAACGCCCGGAUUGUUGUGUACUAUGUAAGAGCAGAUGGGGAAAUCGUCACAGACAGCAUCAGUUUUGAUGUCGGCGGAGCGUUUGAGAACAAGGUAGCUAUCUCGAUGGACAAGACGUCAGCCCAGCCCGGUGAGAGUGUCAACGUUGAGGUAUCGGCAGAACCACAGUCUGUAGUGAACCUGUUAGCGGUCGACCAGAGCGUGCUCUUACUGAAAUCAGGCAAUGACAUCACGCAGUCUCAGGUCAUUGACGAGCUGAAGACCUAUGACACGAUUCACAAUCACAAGUUCCCAAAAUAUGGCGGACCUGUCUUUUUUGGAGGCGCCAUCGCCCGCAGGAAACGGAUGGCGUUCUGGCCCGGCUGGUUCCCAGUGUACUAUGGUGGAAGCGACGCAAAUCAGAUUUUCCAGAACGCUGGAGUGAAAGUUAUGACAGACGCCAUGGUCUUUCAGCAUGUUCAGAAAUACUAUCCUCGCAUACCAACAGCCAUGCCCAUGACCAUGCCCAUGGCUCUGCCUGGUAUGGGUGGGAACCAAAUCAGCGGGUCAGAUAAGGGCCAGAGUAAUCUGAAGGAAGUUGAAAGGGUUCGGACCGAAUUUCCUGAAACGUGGCUCUGGUCACACACAACUGUCGGUGCGGACGGACGGACGGUGAUUAAAACGACGGUACCAGACACAAUCACCUCAUGGGUGGCAAGCGCUUUCGCCGUGAGCACAACCAAGGGCCUUGGAGUGUCUCCCAGCACCGCGAACAUCAAAGUGUUCCGCCCCUUCUUCGUGAGUUUGAACCUUCCGUACUCGGUGACCCGCGGCGAGCACGUCGUCCUACAGGCCAUCGUAUUCAACUACCUCGCUCAGGAUGUCGACGUUGCAGUGUCUAUUCCCCAGUCAACUGAUUAUCUCAACAUCGUUGUCAACGGCCACGGACAAGAGAGCACCGAAUCCAAAGAUCAGAUGCAAACAGUUCAUGUAAAAUCCGGCGAGGCGAAGAACGUGUUUUUCCCUAUUGUUCCAUCUAAACUAGGAAAGAUGGACAUUGAAGUGUCAGCCAGGACCACUGUCGCCGCGGAUGCUGUGAGAAGACAACUCUUAGUGGAGCCUGAAGGUGUGCCCAAAGAAUACAAUCAGCCCAUUCUCAUUGACCUGAAACAGUCCUCUACCUUCUCCAAGACAGUGCCCCUCACACUGCCGCAAAACGUCGUCGCUGGUUCUCAGAAGGCGAUCGUCACAGCUAUAGGUGACUUGAUGGGUCCCACUGUAAGCGGACUGGACACACUGCUGAAAAUGCCGACCGGAUGUGGCGAGCAGACGAUGCUCGGGUUCGCGCCAGACGUCUUCGUCACUAACUACCUGAAAGCAACCAAUCAGCUGUCCGGAGACGUGGCGGACAAGGCUCUAGGAUUCAUGGAAAAAGGUUACCAACGAGAGCUGACCUAUCAACAUAAAGAUGCCUCUUUCAGCGCCUUUGGUGAUCGAGACAAAUCUGGAAGCAUGUGGCUGACGGCGUUUGUGGUAAAAACCUUCCACCAGGCUAAAACUCACAUCUUUGUGGAUGAUGAGGUGCUCAUCCGUGCUAUUGACUGGAUGAUCGCCAGACAGAACAGUGACGGGUCAUUCCCGGAACCAGGACGCGUCAUCCACAAGAACAUGCAGGGAGGAUCGGCCUCAGGACCAGCUUUGACAGCCUUCGUUCUCAUCUCUCUUCUGGAAAACGACGAUCUUACUGGAGGGGUGCAGGACAGAAUCACACGGUCAGUGACUCGGGCAGUCGGGUAUCUGGAGAACCAGGUCUCCAACAUGAAGGACGACUACACACUAGCCAUCACCGGCUACGCUCUCAAACUGGCCCAGAGCUCGGUCUUCCCAACAGUGUUUGCCAAACUCGAGUCGGAUGCUGUUGUUAAAGAUGGCUACAAGUACUGGCACCAGGCAGAGGUUGCCAAGACGACCACACACACCUACUGGAAACCGCCUCACCAGUCGAAUGCUGCCGACACGGAGAUCACGUCCUAUGUUCUUCUGACGUACGCCGAGAAGGACGACUUCACUGGAGGACUGAACAUCAUGAAGUGGAUCACGGCCCAGAGAAACCCCCAUGGAGGAUUCUCCUCGACACAGGACACCGUGCUGGCACUGCAGGCUCUGUCACAGUUUGCCAAGAUGGCGUACGCCAAGAAUUUUGACAUCCAGGUUCAUCUUAAAGCUGGCAGUUUCUCACACAGCUUCUCCAUCACAAGGAACGCGCUAGUCCUGCAGAAGGUCGAGCUUCCGUCGAUUCCAAGCAACGUGCAGGUGACUGCCACAGGACAUGGCAUCGCGCUAGUUGAUGUGGCGGUGUUCUUCCACGCGGAUGCCGAGGUGGAGGCCCCGUCGUUUGAGAUGACGGUCGAGCUACUGGAGGAGACCAUCAAUAGUCUCAGUGUGAAGACGUGUGUAAGGUGGUUGAAAGCUGGGGCUAGUGGCAUGGCGGUAGAAGAAAUAGGAGUGCCGUCUGGAUUUGAAGCCGACAUCGAGAGUAUUGGAGACGUUCCAAUGCUGAAGAGAACUGAGAGCGAGGACAAAAAAGUGAUCUUGUAUUUUGACGAGAUUGGAAUGAAAGCAACAUGUCUAACCAUCAGUCUACAGAGAACUGGUCUGAUCGCCAAGUCACAACCAGCGCCCGUCAGGGUGUACGAUUAUUACGAGCCAACUAACCAAGCGACCGCCUUCUACCAGUCUCAACUACUGAAAGAUUCGAACAUCUGCAACGUGUGUGCUGAGUGUGAACAGUGCAGGAGACACUAACGGCUGAAGAAUUGUAUCUCAUAUCACUACCAUUCAGAUGAACAUUUUCAAAUUGGUGAACUAAUGACUGAUCUUGUUCAUGUGUGUAUUUCUAUCUACUACAACAGCGAUCAGAAUGACGUAUGUGUGUACCUGUGCCUUGAACAUUGUGUGAUAAAAACCCAACAACGACGAAAUAAUAAAACAGAAUCAUAUUCUCAAUGUACUGUGUCUGAACAUUUAUGCUUUAAUCAUGAGUAAUUUGUUGUUAUUUUGUGAUAGUUAUUUCCAGCAUCUAACCAAUUACCAAUAAUCUACCAAUGGUUUUAAGAAUAAAAAACAACUUUAAAAUACUA